GCUAACCGUAUAAUGGCUGAUAAUAGUGGUAUUCACCAUGGCAAACAAACUGGUCCAUCUCAUUUUGGCGCUACCGACAUUCCUCUUCCUACAUCAAAUACAGAUGAUUUUCAAACAGUUUAUGUUAAUCCUAAGAGUUUUGGAUAUUUUAAAUUCAAACUACGGGGGGCUUUUGCUGAAUUAUUGGGCACUUUUGUCUUUGUCACAUUCGGCAUUGGUAGCAUUGCCCAGGCCAAGCUCGGAGACGCCUUUUUAGCUGCAGCGGUAGUUUUUCUAAAUUAUCAUACUGCAAUUGUUGAAUUUGGUGGUGGCAAGCUUAGUGUUAAAG